AUGCAUCUUCUAAGGUGGGAGUUUAUGGACGAAGAUGACACAUUCAAAAUCCACCUUGAACAGCACACUACUGUCACCGACUAUGCCAUUCUUUCACAUAGAUGGGGUAAGCCUGAAGACGAGGUAUCCUUUGAUGAUAUGAUUGCUGGCACACACGAGAGCAAAAAGGGGCACGAAAACUUGUCGGCUGUUGUAGACAAGCCCGAAAUUGACGGGAUACGACACGUCUGGGUUGACACCUGUUGCAUCAACAAAGCAAGUAGCGCCGAGCUGUCUGACCCUAUUACGUCCAUGUUCGCGUACUACAAUCAGUCUAGAGUGUGUUACGCCUUCUUAAACGAUGUCAUCAUUGCCUCCGGCGUCUUUCUCGCAAAGCGUCUGGUCCAUUCGAGGGUGGACUCUUCAAGAGCUUAUAGCACUGCAACAGGUCAGCAUUACGAACAUCGAUCCGAUAUUGUUAAGGGUCCCAACUACGACAAAGGUCAUCAGUAUCUCCAAGAAAAUGUCUUGGGCCGCCCAGAGGGAAACGACGCGAAAGAAGGACAUGGCGUACUGUUUUAUGGAAAUAUUUAG